ACAUAGUCUAGUGUCCGAGUUCAUUGGUUAGGUAGAACUCGAAGCUUGGAAUUAAUAUCGAUUUUGUUCAGUUUGUAAUUACAUUGUCUACCAAGCCGUUCUCUCCACAACUAUCCGGAUCAUUACCUUGAUAGCCUAAUUGCUUUGUGCCAUAACACUCCAACCAACCAACCAACCAACAUAGUAUCGGGAACCUUUCUUAAGGUGUCAUGUCAGACGUUAUUUAUCAAUGAUAAAGUGAAGGCACCAAAUGUGCAUGCACCUUGGGCUGGACCACUGCAUCCUGAAUCCAAGGAAGAUCUUCCCAGGGUUGAGGUCACUUUGAGGGGUAGACAAACACUGUAAAGUCAGCAUGGCGAACCAAUAGAUUUCGUGCAUGCCAGAAGUCGAACAUAAUAUGCCGAUAAAUCCAAUCUUGUGGAUCCUCACCAGUGUUGUCACAGUUUCAUUCAUCACAGUGCCAUCUAGUGGAAAAUGUCGACAACAAUCAGAAGCAAACCCAAAACGUCAUUUUUAUGUAAACGAACGAGCCGUAAAUAUUACCAUUGAAAUAAGCAAUCGAGUGUCCCAUCGCCUGAUCUCCAAUAUUCUCAGUCUGUUAUUGAAGGAGGUGGUUGGCUACGCCGACGUACUUCUUAUACGAGAAGACGAUAACAUUAACUCUACCGUCACGCUGCAACGGAUAUCAGGAUGUAACGAACCUCGAAAUUGUGCUAGCCGACCAGCUGACUAUGUGCCAAACAAUAUGGUGAACCUGGAAAUGUGGUUAGGUCCUGGAUUCAACUUGGAAGACUGGAUAAACACUGGUUAUGUUGAAGAUGCUGGGCCACUGGGUCCUAUAGGCAGAUCUGGGUGGUACAUUCCUGAAGAAUAUGUUCAUCAUAAAUGGAAGCAAGAAGGUAUUGUAGUGGAUCAUUGGAGAUCAUUUCAAGACCCAGAUAUUGCUGUACUCUUUGAUUUAUCCAAAAAUACUGAUCUUCCUUCGUGGACAUUUGAUACACAUACAGGAAAGAAUUUCUGUGAUGAUGAUCUUUGUGUUGAUGGUAUAUAUUUUCCAAAUUCAUGUAAUGACCGAGACACACGAUGUGCUACUCUCUUGGCUGACUACCCAGCUACAACCUUUAUGCUUUUGAAAGAACAAAUUGAACGAUUACAUUUAUUAGUAAGAGUUGCUUGGGUUGGACCACACCUUGAUCAGCUAGUUACAACAAGAACUGAAAACCAUAAACCAACAUUAUUUUUUAACUGGAAGCCCAACACCUUGACAUCGGUGGACAACUACACAGAUGUAGCCUUUCCUCAUUGUGAGGACAAGCCUUUUGUAUCUCAUCCUUCUUUGCCAUGCGAGUUUGAAAUUAACCAACUAGAAAAGGUGACUUGGUCAGUGUUCAAGAAAAAUGCUCAUGAUGCUUACCAUGUAGUUCAGUCCAUGUUCUUCAGCCAGACACAGUUGACAGGUAUGUUGGAGAAGUAUGAACAGGCACUACAGGAUGGUUGGAGCAUGCAGAAAAUAGCAUGUAGUUGGUUGCUACAGAAUGAACACAUCUGGAAUAAGUGGAUACCAGAUGACUUGUCUCAUAGAAUACCAUUGUACAUAGGUGGCAUUUUUCCUCUAUCAGGGAUAUAUUGGAGACAGAGUGCUGUGGUCCCAGCUGCCCAGAUGGCAGUGGAAGCAAUAAAUCGUAAUGCGUCUAUUUUGGACGACUAUAGACUAGAGCUCUUGGUACAAGAUGGGGUGUGCAUGGCUGACAUGGUGAUGAAGAGUUUUAUAAGUUACGUCACCAACAUUGUAUAUGGCACGUUAGUUGGUAUUUUAGGUCCAGCAUGUUCUGACACUGUUGAACCUAUUGCUGGAGUUGCCAAACACUUCAAUACUAUUAUCAUAAGUUACAGUGCUGAGGGUGCUCUGAUCAACAACAGAGAAAAAUACCCAUACUUCUUUCGCACAAUCCCAGAAAACAAUCAGUUUAGGUAUGUGUAUGUUGAGCUUUUUCGGCAACUUGGCUGGCAACGAGUGGCUGCAUUGACUGAGGAUGGACAAAAGUAUCCUGAAUAUCUGUCUCUUCUCCAAGACUUAAUGCAAGCCAGUGGCAUGGACUUCAUCACUAAUCGCAAAUUUCCACGAGAGCGGGCCUCUCUCAAUAUGACACAAUAUCUUGCAGGGCUGAAAAGUAAAAAUGCUAGAAUCAUUAUUGGAGAUUUCUAUGACUAUGCAGCAAGAGCCAUCAUGUGCGAAGCUUAUAAACAGGGCAUGACUGCCCAUAAUGGUUUCCAGUGGUUUUUGCCAAGAUGGUUCACUGCUAAUUGGUAUGACACUGACCAUUACAACAGCCAGUCUGAUCCUUAUAAAGAAUACAUUCCCUGUACCACCAAACAGAUGCUAGAAGCCAUAGAGGGCCAUAUGAGCCUUGCCUACAAAUUCUAUGGAGAUGAUGAUGGUCUGAUGCAGGAAGGCUUGAAAAUCAAUGAAUGGAAGAAAAUUUACAACAAGCGUGCAAAGUUUCCAGACCGGGACACAAGUCAGUAUGGAGGCUAUGCUUAUGAUGCUGUGUGGGUGUAUGCUUUGGCAUUAGACAAGCUUUUCAAAGAAAAUCAUAACUAUAUUGCUUCUCUUCACACAAAAAAAACAUCAAAAAAGUAUGUGACUCUGAUAAACCAGACAGAUUUUUCUGGUGUGUCAGGAAGAGUGAACUUUGUUGGAUCUAGUCGAUUGUCGGAACUUGAUAUUUGGCAGUGGUAUAGAAAUAGAACUCAUCGAAUUGGUACAUACUACCCUAACUCGACCUACUCUGGCUUCCUAGAAUUGAAUCAAACAGCUAUUGUGUGGCUCACACCUGACGGGAAGAAACCUACUGAUGGUGGAGAAAGUGUCACCAUGUGUCCUCUGGAGAGUUUUCGUCAGGCUCUUGGAGUUAGUUGUGAGCUAACUAUUGUUAUAGCCAACCUUAUGGGCUUUACUCUUUUUGCUCUAAUUAUGUUUAUUGGAUUUCUUUUCUUUAAGCACAAAUAUGAAGAUAAAGUAAAACGGACAGAAGCCAGAAUGAGAGAAUUGGGACUGAUGGAUAUGAAUCAUUUUUCUGCUUUGGAUGGCUGGGAGAUUCCAAGGAACCAUAUAGUAAUCAAUCGUAAACUUGGAGAAGGGGCUUUUGGAACAGUUUAUGGUGGAGAGGCUCUUUUAGAUGAUGGAUGGGUGGCAGUGGCAGUUAAGACAUUGAAAGUAGAAGCUGAUGUUGAAGAAAAACUAGAUUUUUUAAGUGAAGCAGAGAUGAUGAAACGAUUUGAUCACAAGAACAUUGUUCCACUUUUGGGCGUCUGUACGAUAGGCAAGCCUGUGUACACAAUAAUGGAGUUUAUGUUGUAUGGGGAUUUGAAGACGUACUUGUUGGCUCGCCGUCACCUGGUUCGUGCUUCAGAACGGUCCUCAUCUGAUGAAGUGAGUGAUCAGAGGUUGACUAGCAUGGCCUUAGAUAUUGCUCGAGGGCUGAGUUACUUGGCUGAAAUGAAAUAUGUUCAUAGAGACCUUGCUUGCAGAAAUUGUUUGGUUAAUGCCUACAGAACUGUCAAGAUUGCAGACUUUGGAAUGUGUCGACCUAUGUAUGACUCUGAUUACUACCGGUUUAACAAGAGAGGAAUGCUUCCUGUUCGGUGGAUGGCUCCUGAGAGUUUAUUGGAUGGAUUGUUCACACCAAUGUCUGACAUUUGGAGUUAUGGUGUCUUGCUUUAUGAGAUAAUAACAUUUGGCAGUUUUCCUUACCAGGGAUUAUCUAACAACCAGGUGCUAGAUUUUGUAAAGGGAUUCAACACUUUACCAGUGCCCAAAGGAUGCAAGGAUCCUUUGGAAAAUCUCCUACACUGUUGCUGGUCAAAAUUACCUCAGAAUCGGCCAGUAGCUAGUGAAAUAGUAGAUAUUUUGGCUGAAGAACCAGAACUGAUUUCUCCCUGUCUGGAUCUUCCAGUAGCCAGUGUGGAAGUUGAAGGUACAGACUCCAUCGAGCUUGCUAUUACAGAAAGAACUCGAGUUCAUUCUGUCUCUCUACCAAGCCGACCUCCGAGGAAGCCUAUCACUCAACAAAAUAAUGUCGAUGCUGGACAGGGAGAACUAAGUUGCUCUGCUAAUCAUCUUGAAAACAGGGUUCCUGAUCAAUAUGGGGAAUCUUUUCACACAGGAAUUCAAACUCCAUCAGUUGGUACUCGCUCUUACUACAUUUUCUUGAAAAGAAAAACUGAUGUUACUGAAUAGACUAGGUUAUAUUAAAAUUCGCUAGCCAAAUAACAUCAAUGACAGUUGAACAAUAUUUCUAGAUAGUAAAACUGUGGAGAAACAUUUUAGUAAUGUGAAGAACAAUCAUUUCCACUACAUCAUUUUGUAAUCUGAAUAUGACAGAGAUGUUUUGUUCAUCAUUAUGUAUAUGCUCAAGUUUGAAAACAAUGUUAUGGUCUCGUGCUGUAUUUAAUGAAGCAUUUACACCUUCCUGUACAUUGUUAUGAUCAUACAAUUGUUUGAUCUAUGUAACAAUAUCAAGUUCUUCUUAAUUCAUGAACUGUAAUUAUAGUCUUGCUAUACAUUGAUACUUCCAAAAUUAGACAGAAUAAUACUUUCUUUCUGUUUGUUUAAAUCUAAGUGUAAAAUACGAGUUACUUAAUAUUUAAGUUAUGUUGAAAGAAAGCAUAACUUAAAUGUCCAGAAACAACAUUGUGUACAAUAGAACCUGAUAUAUUACACUGUAUAUAGAAAGAGUAAUUAUAGUUUUAGUAUGAACUCUAGAUAGAAUUAAGAGUAUAAUAUAUACUGUACAUAAUUCUGAAACCCAUUACAUUUGUAAAACUCAGGAAUUUUUGUGGUGAUUUAUAUUUUUGCAAGUUUGUGUGUGUGGAUAUUCUUUCUAGCAGUACAUUUAGUUAGGUGUGAAAGGAGUUGAAUUUAAGUGUGUUUAUUCCAGUUAUGACUAGUUUUCAACCAUAGUGACUACAAAAUCCGUAAAAUCUUCUAACAAACAUGGUAGAUUACAAAAAAAUAGCUUCAACAGAUUUAGUAAUAUAAUAUUUAUAUAAUAUAAAUUCCUUGUUAGUAAAUAACUAUACCUUUCAAUUGUGAUGAAGACUGUGAGAAUAAUAUUCUUUGCCACUUUUAAAAAAUACGUAAAUUUCAGACCUGCAUAUUUUUUUUUUCUAAAAUAGUGUAAUAAAUAGAUGUGAGAAAACAGACCUAAAAUUAAUUGCAAUAACCGAUUCUCUACCUUCCUGGCUAGAUGAGAUGUUUAUUUUUGGAGGCUCUUGUAUGUGUAUAGAACAGUAAUGAUUCUCAAAAUGAUAGGGAAAAUGUGUUGUAAGUACAAGCAGCUGUUUAACUCGUAAGUUUUCACACAUAGUUUGACAAUUUUUAAUGCAGUGAUGAGGGAACACUAACGAUGUUUUAUAAAACAAACAGUUGAUCAACCUCUGGAACACAUUUGUAAUUACACCUUUAUCUAUUCUAUGUGAAAGAUGUUUGGAUACAAGAAACCAUGGUUUAUGUAUUAUAGCAAAUGACAAAUUAAAUGAUUUUGUAAAAUGA